AAUCUGUACUUCCAUCACUGUACGUUAAUCUACUUCUGCCUGUACUGAACCUAACCAGCCCAGUUCGAUACCAUACCACGGCCGCCUGCUACCCAUUGGACUCUGUGCGGAUUAGCAUGGGAUGGUGGCAAAAGGCAAUCACCCAGCCUGCACUGCUUCGAGCACUCCUCUUCUUCACAGCUGGGCACCAGGCGACUCUGGAGUCCAACAAUGGGAUCUCGCAAGCAGCUCAAACGUCGUUGAGGGAUUCGCUUCAACUGCGAGGCGGCGCAUUACAGACCCUAAACAAUAUCAUGCGCGAUCCUGUCAAGGCUGUCGCAGAGUCGACUACACUUGUUGUCGCGUCCCUCGUCGCGAUGGAGGCUGUAGGCGCCAACUUUGUGGCCCUCGAAGCCCAUCAGCAAGGCCUGAAAAGACUCAUCCCUCUCUGUGGUGAUCUUGACGUCUUUGAUCAUUUCACGCUGUCGAAAGUAUACCAAAGUGACGUCAAAAGUGCAGCGCUCAGAAACACCCGACCCAUCUUCACCAUCUCACGGAAAUGGCGCAAUGAGAUCCUCCCACUGUCCACCAAGGAGGGAUUGUCCCUCCCCAAGUCCCUCUCUCGCCUUGGCUGCUCCUUCUUCUCAUCGCCUUGGUCAUCUCAGCUUGACCCCACAAUGAUCGCCUCCCUUCGGGUCGCGCAACGCCUCAUUCUACACUACGAGACCGCCCAGGUACACCCGGAGAUCAUCCAGUCAACAGACAACGAUCCUUUUUUGAUCUUCGAGCACCAGCUCCUCUCCACAUCAUACUCCAUUCCCGCAACCAGAGGCCAAGAUAGCGCCCACGAUGGGGCCGAUUCCAAUAACGAGCUGAGUGCUGAACACCCAUCCAUACUAAACGAACCCCUCCGCCUCUCACUAAUCAUCUACCUCAAUUUCCGGAUCUGGCACUUCCAAUGCUUUCCCUUCAUGAACCACAUGGUGUCAAACUUACAGCGAACACUAAGCCCCCUCUACGCUGAACUCCAGUCUACCGCGCCGACGCUCCUAUUCUGGAUUCUGUUCAUCGGCGGUAUGGCAUCGCAGGGAUACAAGUGUCACAGCUGGUUCGUCAAUGGGCUGAUUGCACUUGUGACGCCCGAACAGUUGGAUUUGGGUGAUUGGGAUGACGCUAAAGCAGUACUGGAGGGCUUCUUUUAUACGAAGCAGCAUUGGUCUGGCGAGCAGCUGGACGGAGAUCUUUGGAAUGAAGUGUUGUUGAAGGCUGCUUAUCCGUAUAUUGCGCCGAGGCCGCGGGUUCAGGUAUUUGCUAUAUGAGUUAUCUUGCUGGGCAGCGUUAUUUGUACGUCGAUAAUUGACCUCAAUGGAUACGCCCCUACGCCUGUGACUAUCGCAUGCUAAAUUGAAUAUUGUGGAUGGGUGUACAAUCAACCCCGUCAUUUCUCGCCAAACAUCUCCUGAAAGUACCGCUCAAAGGUCCUUACACGUACAUUGGGAAAGAGCUCAUUAUGCACCUCCCCGGGCGGCCUCCAAAACCGUCCUGACCCCUGCAUCCCCUUGACCAGGAUCCAGAAAUCGUCCGGAAAUACACUCUUCCCCUUGACCUCUUCGGGUACAGCCUCUGGAUCUCUCCAGACCUUGUGCAUGACGUCAAUGGGAUAAAUAUUCUUGCUAACCUUCUUCCCAGAGUAUCUGCUAAGCAAUUCCACGAUCUCGUUAUACGAGAUGUGAUCGCUCACGAAGUUCAGCGUGCGAUUCUCCGAGAUCUCCGGAUGCGCGAUCGUCUCAACUAGAAACGCAGCGAGAUCGUCAAUAUGCGUGAAAUCAACCUUUGCAUCGGCAUUGCCCACGAUGUGGAUCGUGUACUCGGCUCGAUCGGGCUUCGCCCACGGACACCACGUCUCCUCGCGCGGCUGGUUAUAGAAGUCGCCGCAGCCAAUAAGCGUGUACGUCAUCUUGCCUUCAGCAAUGGCGGAGUGGUGCAGACACUCCUCGUUAGCGGUCGACUUGAGGUUCCACGUUGAAUGCAGGUACCCCCGCUGAUCGCUCUCGUCGGGAGACCGGUAGACGUGAUGCAUCCCAUACUCGCUUGGG